CCGACUUUUCUCCCUUCGUUCUCUCGUCAAGGUUGAUUGAGAUUGUUUGACCCAGAGAAAAAAAAUGGGUGGUGGAUUUAGAGUGCUGCAUCUGGUUCGACCGUUUCUUUCGUUUCUGCCAGAGGUGCAGACUGCAGACCGAAAAGUUCCCUUCAGAGAGAAGGUUAUAUACACUGUCAUAUCCCUUUUCAUUUUCCUAGUGUGCAGUCAGCUUCCAUUGUAUGGCAUACACUCGACGACUGGCGCAGAUCCAUUCUAUUGGAUGCGUGUUAUUCUCGCUUCAAAUCGGGGCACUGUAAUGGAGCUUGGAAUCACACCAAUAGUGACGUCUGGACUUGUUAUGCAACUCUUGGCGGGCUCAAAGAUCAUUGAAGUCGAUAACAACGUGCGAGAGGAUAGAGCCCUUCUAAAUGGUGCUCAGAAGUUACUAGGUAUCUUGAUCGCAGUUGGUGAGGCGGUUGCGUAUGUUCUCUCAGGAAUGUACGGCAGUGUUGGCCAACUUGGAGUUGGUAACGCAAUUCUUAUAAUUCUGCAACUCUGCUUCGCUGGCAUUAUCGUUAUUUGUCUCGACGAACUUCUCCAGAAAGGAUAUGGUCUGGGCUCUGGUAUUUCACUCUUCAUCGCAACAAAUAUUUGUGAAAGCAUAAUUUGGAAAGCAUUUAGCCCAACUACUAUCAAUAGCGGGCGUGGAGCUGAGUUUGAAGGUGCUGUUAUUGCUCUAUUCCAUUUGUUGAUAACACGGACUGACAAAGUUCGUGCGUUGCGAGAGGCAUUCUACCGGCAGAAUCUUCCGAAUAUCACAAACUUACUUGCCACGGUUCUGGUGUUCCUUAUCGUCAUUUACUUCCAAGGCUUCCGUGUGGUCUUGCCCGUGAGGUCAAAGAAUGCCCGUGGACAACAGGGUUCGUAUCCAAUUAAGUUGUUCUACACUUCCAACAUGCCCAUCAUUUUGCAGUCCGCUCUCGUGUCAAAUCUGUACUUCAUCUCACAGUUACUUUAUAGGCGAUAUGGUGGAAAUUUCCUUGUGAAUCUUUUAGGAAUUUGGAAGGAAUCGGAAUAUUCCGGUCAAUCUAUUCCCGUUGGUGGUCUUGCUUAUUACAUUACUGCCCCAUCAAGCUUGUCGGAUAUAUUGGCCCAUCCUUUCCAUGGACUGUUUUAUGUUGUGUUUAUGCUGUCUGCGUGUGCUUUAUUCUCAAAAACCUGGAUUGAGGUCUCGGGAUCCUCCGCUAAAGAUGUGGCUAAACAGCUCAAGGAGCAACAAAUGGUGAUGCCUGGGCAUAGAGAAUCGAAUUUACAGAAGGAGCUGAACCGAUAUAUCCCAACUGCAGCAGCUUUUGGUGGGAUGUGUAUCGGUGCACUAACUGUGUUGGCCGAUCUUAUGGGUGCAAUUGGUUCAGGCACAGGUAUUCUUCUCGCAGUCACUAUCAUAUAUCAGUAUUUCGAGACCUUCGAAAAGGAGAAAGCUAGUGAGCUUGGAUUCUUCGGUUUCUAGAGCACUAGCAUACGUUGCCUGAAAUCUUUCAGCAAAUUUGGGAAAUGUAAAAGAAGAAUUCACGAAAGAUUCGAAACAGGAGAUUGUAGUGUUUAGUUUGUUGUUAGUUUGUUAGAUCUUUCUUUCUUGCUAGUUGUUUCGAGACUUUUGAAAUUUGGUGAGUUGGCCGAAAUUACAGUUUAUUACUUCACUGAGAUUUUGAUGUUUUGGUAACAAAUACCUGUAUUUUAUUCAAGUUUUUGGUUCUUUAGACUACUUA